AUGCAGCGCCCGGAGAGCGGUGCUCGUCCCUUCAAGCAGCGGAAGAGCCUCGCCGCUAGGAUGCACGAAGUGACGGAGAUCCGUCUAAAAUACCCCAACAAGAUCCCGGUGGUGGUGGAGCGCUACCAGAAGGAGAAGAACUUGCCUCCCUUGAGCAGGACCAAGUUCCUCGUGUCCCAGGACCUGCCGCUGUCCCAGUUCGCCGUCACCCUGCGGACGCGUCUGUGCCUGGCCUCCUCCCAGACCUUCUACCUGCUGGUGGACAACAGAGGGCUGCCCAACAUGACGGCCACCAUGCAGGAGCUGUACCGCGACCAUAAGGACGAGGACGGCUUCCUCUACUUGACCUACGCCUCCCAGGAGGUGUUUGGCGCCCGGAGCAGCUCCCGGCCAGCAGCCAGCAGCACCGGGGAAGCACGCCAGUCGAGCCUGCACGCCAGCCUGCCGCGCGCUGCAGCUAACGGAGGCAUGUUUUUAAUCCAUUUUAGGGGCAAGCACUCAGCUGCUGCCCUCCAAAGAGUCUGA